AUGGUCAUACAAGGAGAGAAGUUUGAGAGCAGCAGAGAUGUGGCGGCAGUGCAAAGAAGGGCGAAAUCCAUCGAUAGCUGUUCAGCUUCUGUGGAUUUCGCUGUCAUCCCUGCUGCGUUUUGCCUGAAGAUGGAAACGCUGGAGUCGGAGCUGACCUGCCCAAUUUGUCUGGAGCUCUUUGAGGACCCGCUGCUGCUGCCCUGCGCACACAGUCUUUGUUUCAACUGUGCCCACCGCAUCCUGGUCUCCCACUGCACCCCCAGUGAGUCCAUUCACUCCAUCAGCGCCUUCCAGUGCCCCACCUGCCGCUAUGUCAUCACCCUCAGCCAGAAGGGUCUAGACGGACUCAAGCGCAACGUGACCCUCCAGAACAUCAUCGACCGCUACCAGAAGGCCUCGCAGAGUGGACCCAACUCACCCAGCGAGACGCGCCGGGACCGUCCCGCCGCCGACCCCUAUGCCAAGAUGGCCGACAGGGUGCAGUGUCAAUUCUGUGAGCAGGAGCCUCCGCAGGACGCCGUGAAGACCUGCGUCACCUGUGAAGUGUCUUACUGUGAAGAGUGUCUCAAGGCCACGCACCCCAACAAGAAGCCGUUCACGGGCCACCGGCUGAUCGAGCCCCUGCAGGACUCCCAUGUGCGCUCGCUCAUGUGUGUGGAGCACGAGGAGGAGAAAGUCAACAUGUACUGCGUGACAGACGAGCAGCUGAUCUGCGCACUCUGCAAGCUGGUGGGACGCCACAGGGACCACCACGUCGCCGCCCUCAGUGACAGAUAUGACAAACUCAAGAAAACCCCCGGACUCUUUCUCUUUGAGGGGCGUGGUGAUUCUUACCAGGAUGCAGACCAGCAAGCUCUGGAUUCCAAUCUGAGCAAUCUAAUCAAGAGGACCAGCGAAUUGGAAACGCUGAUGGGCAAACUUAUCCAAACCUGCCAGCAUGUAGAGGUAAAUGCAACAAGGCAGGAGAACAAGCUGCUGGAGGAGUGUGACCUGCUGAUUAACAUCGUACAACAAAGAAGACAAAUUAUAGCCAGCAAGAUUAAGGAGGGCAAGUCUUUGCGCAUUAGAAAACUGGCCCAGCAGAUCAGCAGCUGUAAGCAGUGCAUCGAAAGGUCCUCGUCCCUCAUCGCUCAGGCCGACCAGAGCCUGAAGGAGUCGGACCACGCUCGCUUCCUGCAGACGGCCAAAAGCAUCUGUGAGAGGGUCUCCAUGGCAACAGCCUCCUCCCAAAUCCUCCUGCCAGAAGUGAACUUGAACGACAACUUUGAUACUUUUGCUUUGGACUUCACCAGAGAGAAGAAGAUGUUGGAAGAUUUGGAUUACCUCACAGCUCCAAAUCCACCCCAAAUCCGUGAGGAAUUAUGCACAGCCUCCUAUGACACCAUCACAGUUCACUGGACUUCAGAUGAUGAAUUUGCUGUUGUUUUGUACGAACUUCAAUACACUAUUUUCACCAACCAAUCAAACGUUGUCAGUCUCUGUAACUCGGCCGAUAGCUGGAUGAUAGUGCCAAACAUCAAACAGAACCACUACACUGUGCAUGGCCUUCAGUGUGGCACCAAGUACAUCUUCAUAGUGAAGGCCAUCAACCAGGCCGGGAACCGCAACAGUGAGCCGGUCAAACUAAAGACCAACAGUCAACCUUUCAAAUUGGACCCAAGAACAGCCCAUCGGAAGCUGAGAAUUUCCCAUGAUAAUCUGACAGUGGAAAGAGAUGAAAUAUCUUCCAAGAAGAGCCAUGGUCAGGACCGCUUCUCCAGCCACAGCAGCUACGGAGUCACUGGGAACGUUUACAUCGACAGCGGCCGCCAUUACUGGGAGGCUUUAAUCGGAGGAAGCACAUGGUUUGCUGUAGGCAUUGCCAACAAGUCCGCUCCUAAACAUGAGUGGGUGGGGAAGAACUGCUCCUCCUGGGUUCUGUCUCGCUGUAACAACUCGUGGAUGGUGCGUCACAACUGUAAGGAGAUGGCCGUGGAGCCGUCCCCACACCUGCGACGACUGGGGGUUCUGUUGGACUAUGACUCCGGCUGUCUCUCGUUCUACGACGCUGUGGCCUCUCAGCACUUACACACAUAUGACAUCGCCUUCGCUCAGCCCGUGUGCCCUGUCUUCAAUGUGUGGAACAGGUGUCUGACCGUUCUCUCUGGCCUACCCAUUCCGGAUUAUUUGGACGGAAUAGACUACAACAACUGA